GUGACGAGAUUGCACUGGUGUUGCAGGAAUCUGGGCUUAGAACUGGGGAUUCUGCGGUGCGGCUCAGCUGUCGGGGGAACUGUGGUGCAACCUCUGAGGGCUGGGAGGAGUACACGUGGAUUAGUCAUUGCUGGAGCUUGUCGCGCGGUUAACGAAGAGCGGUCGAUUAGGAACCUCAGUGAUUUUAUCUCUGUUGAACUCGAUUUGAAAGCUGGAUGAUCCCUCCUGUCACUCUUGAGUGGUCCGAGACUGGGGGUUUGAGAAAGCGGGCUGAGGUUACGUGUCUCCCGAUACCUGGGUGAGGGCGGAGGUGCCUUGCUGCGCGGUGGAGACCGCGGCGGGUGGGGGGAGGUCUGGGUUUUUCCUUCUUCUGCUCAGCCAUGUCGCCGGCUCCAGCUUCAGCCCAGGCUCCUAUGUCGGUCUCCCUGUUUGAUCUCAACGUGGAUGCCCCGGUCCUUCGGGGCCUGAGCCUGGUGACGCGCCCUCCUGGGGAGACUCUGGCCCAGGCUCUGCGGACUUCCUGCCCAGGUUCAGAGGAGAGAGCAAGCCCAGAAAGAAAACCUCUCCAGGGUCCUUUGGAUAUUUCAGGGAAGUUACUUUGCUCAACCUGUGACCAGACCUUCCAGAACCACCAGGAACAGAGGGAACAUUAUAAGCUUGACUGGCAUCGGUUUAACCUAAAGCAACGUCUCAAGGACAAGCCUCUUCUGUCUGCCCUGGACUUUGAAAAGCGGAGCUCCGCAGGAGAUCUUUCCAGCAUCUCAGGAUCAGAAGACUCAGACUCAGCCAGUGAGGAGGACUUGCAGAUACUACAAGAGGAGAAGCCUGAGUUUGAGAAGUCUAACCGAUCCCGAGGCUCCUGCUCCCAUCGGGUUCUUUUCCAAAACGCCCAGGGCCAGUUUCUUUAUGCCUAUCGCUGUGUCCUAGGCCCUCGCCAGGUGCCCCCAGAAGAGCCAGAACUGCUACUACAGAACCUGCAAAGUGGAGGUCCUAGACACUGCGUGGUACUCAUGGCUGCGGCUGGGCACUUUGCCGGUGCCAUUUACCAAGGAAGAGACGUGGUGGCACAUAAGACCUUUCACCGCUACACAGUACGGGCCAAGCGCGGCACAGCCCAAGGACUUCGUGACGCCCGGGGCGGGGCCUGUCGCUCUGCAGGAGCGAACCUGAGGCGCUACAAUGAAGCCACAUUAUAUAAGGACGUUCGUGACCUGCUGGCAGAGCCAGGCUGGGCUAAGGCGCUGGGGGAGGCUGGGACAGUAUUGCUGCGUGCCCCCCGCUCUGGCCGGUCCUUGUUCUUCGGAGGCCAAGGGGCACCCCUGCAACGGGGGGAUCCCCGGCUUUGGGAUAUCCCCCUCGCUACCCGCAGACCCACCUUCAAAGAACUACAGCGUGUGCUCCAUAAGCUGACCACCUUGCACAUCCAUGGAGAAGACCCCCGGGAGACAGUCAGGUUGGCCUCGCCUCAGACACACUGGAAGACAAUGAGAGAGAGGAAGAAGGCUACCAAGGAAGAAAACAAGGUCCCCAGUGACGAAAAUGAGGCGCUGGGGCAGAACGAGGACUCUCCCGAACAGGGUUCAGGCUCAGAGGGAGAAGAUGCCUUCCAGGUAGAGUUGGAGCUAGUAGAGUCGACAAUUGGGACCCUGGAUCUUCGUGAGUGUGAAAUACUGCCCAAGCGGAGGAGGAGAAAAAGGAAUAAGAGGGAGAAAAGCCGAGACCUGGAGACUGGAGCACACGUGACCCUCCCCCAGCAACCUCGAGAAGAGGUCUUCUCACAGCCAGCUAGGGCACAGGCAGCCCCUUCGGAGCCUUCCCUGGAGGAGGACAAGGUCCCCGGUCAUUCAGAGCUCUGGGACAUGCUUCUCGCUGCUUGCCGAGCUGGAGAUGUUGGGAUGCUGCAAACCUGGCUAGCUGCCAGCCCCAUAGACCCCGAAGUUCUGUCUCUGCUCAGUGCCCCCUUGGGCUCCGGUGGCUUCACCCUCCUGCAUGCAGCAGCCGCAGCUGGGAGAGGUUCAGUGGUUCGCCUGCUGCUGGAGGCAGGUGCUGACCCCACCGUUCAGGACUCCCGGACCCGGCCACCAUAUGCCGUCGCAGCUGACAGAUCAACACGGAAUGAGUUCCGAAGGUUUAUGGAGAAGCAUCCAGAUGCUUAUGAUUAUGGCAAGGCUCAGGUGCCAGGGCCACUGACACCAGAAAUGGAGGCACGGCAGGCUAUGCGGAAAAGGGAGCAGAAGGCAGCCCGGCGGCAGCGGGAGGAGCAGCAGCGGAAGCAGCGGGAGCAGGAGGAGCGGGAACAGGAGGAGCAGCGGCGAUUUGCCUCUCUGAGCGACAGGGAGAAGAGAGCUCUGGCUGCCGAGCGCCGACUAGCUGCCCAGUUGGGAGCCCCUGCCCCCCAGAUCCCUGAUUCUGCAAUCGCCAAUGCCCAACGCUGCUGGAGCUGUGGGACAUCCCUCCAAGGCCUCAUUCCCUUUCACUACCUUGACUUCUCCUUCUGCUCCACACGCUGCCUGCAGGAGCACCGCUGCCGGGCCGGGAAGCCCUCCUCCUGACCUCUCGUAGCUCCACCUGGGGUCAGUGCUAGACCCUGAGGGGGCACGUUCACACUGGUCCUAGGCUGCUUCUUCCCCGAGAAGCCAGAGUAUUUGGAAGAUUAGGGCGAGAGACACUCAGGAGCCAGGGCAGAGAUGGCCACAGAGGUGUGUGGAGCUGGUACUGUCUCUGGAACUUUAAUUACAAUAAAGUUUUUGGUAAGGGAACUGCA